AUGGGAGAGCCAAGAACUUGCAGGCUAUGGCUUCUUGUGCUGGCAAUGGCUUCUUGGGUGUACACUUCAAUGGCCAUGACGUUUACUAUAGCGAACUACUGUUCGCACCCGAUAUGGCCGGGGACGCUCGCCGGCGCCGGCACGUCGCAGCUGUCGACGACGGGGUUCAGGCUUGACCCGGGGCAGACGGUGCAGCUGGCCGCGCCGGUGGGGUGGUCGGGGCGGAUAUGGGCGCGGACGGGGUGCGUGUUCGACGCGGACGGCGUCGGCGUGUGCCAGACGGGCGACUGCGGCGGGCGCAUGGAGUGCCGCGGCGCCGGCGCGACGCCGCCGGCGACGCUGUUCGAGGUCACGCUGGGGAAGGGCGGCGGCGAGGACUUCUACGACGUGAGCCUCGUCGACGGCUACAACCUCCCCGUCGUCGCCAUCCCGCGCGCGCAGCAGGGCGGCGCCGCCGCCUGCAACACCACCGGCUGCAUGGCUGACCUCAACCGCUCGUGCCCGAGGGAGCUGCAGGUGGACUGCGGCGGCGGCGGCGCGAUCGCGUGCCGGAGCGCGUGCGAGGCGUUCGGGCAGGACAGGUACUGCUGCAGCGGCGCGUUCGACACGCCGGCGGCGUGCCACCCGACGGCGUACUCCACCAUCUUCAAGUCGGCGUGCCCGCGCGCCUACAGCUACGCCUACGACGACUCCACCUCCACCUUCACCUGCAAGGCCUACGACUACACCGUCGCCUUCUGCCUCCCGACCUCCGGGAUAAAGAAGUCCGACGCCAUGUUCCUUGGAGCACAGAUCAUCGACGGCGAUGGCAAUGCGCCGCCGGUUUACAGCGGCAGCGGCGGCGGCGGAGGCAGCAAUAGGCCGCCGAUCUACUACAAUGGCGGUGGACGCGGACAUGAGCCUGAGACGAUGACGACGCCGUCGUCGUCGUCGGCGGCGAGCACAAGAUACACCCAGCCAUGGCUUCUGCUGCUGCUCGUCUUCCUUUUCUGA